GGUUGCGCGAUGACUCGGUUGCUAAGUGUCUCGGGCCUGAGGUGACUCAGGAGGCCUCGGAGUCCGUUUUGUACGGAGAGUGGGCGUCGGUUCUGGGCGCGGGAAGGAGGCUUUGUCGCAUUGUAUCGUUCCCUUGUGCAGAUUAUUAUUAUGCUUACCUUAGGCCAGAGGCUUUAAAAAUUGUUUUGACAUAUCAGAGAGGCCCCGGGCUGGUUGCUUUGAGCUUUCGCCUGUUACAUGAAGACUCUGCACAAUCUGCAAGGCUGGUUGCUUUCUCAUAUGUGUUCAUUAUGAAUUCUUCUCGAAGCAGUUCUUCAUUCCUCUGUGAUGGAUUUGAUCUCAGUUUGACCGGUUCUCAGUUAUCUAUAACCAAACGCCCCAGCAGUGCUUCACCUGCUAAACAGCUAGCACGGUCCACCUCUGUCAGCUCUGAAAACAAGUCCAAAGCAAACUCUUUGGGUGACACUGGUCUUGGAAACCUCUCUGGUGGUAAUUCUCGUGCGAUUAACAAUUUACGAAGAUCAAAUAGUACCACACAAGUCAAUCAAAAAGCCAGUGCCACAUCAAGUGAGGAAAGAACAGAUGAUUUCCUGGCUCUGUUCGAUAGCUCUGCAGAUGGAAGGAAAAAGCUGUCCAGUUUGACCAAGGCCUCCUCAGAGAAGAGAACCACUUGGAAUGUUCUGGAUGAGGAGCCCAGAGUUUUUCCAAUUCCUAUUAGUGGUCGCAGCAGCAGCAGUACAGAUGUGCCAGUCUUAUCUAAAAGGAGGGAAUUGGGUGUAGCACUAGCAGCCAACUUUACAGCCAACAAUCGGAGCAACAAGGGAACUGUUGGGAAUUCUGUCACCACAAUGUUGCACAACAACUACUCUACUGUUGACAAGCCCUUGACUCCAAAAAGCUCUAACCAGAAAGCAACAUCUCUCAACAACAUGAUCAAAGUGCCAACUCAUGAUGAAAAUGGCUUAGACCAAAAUUCCUUAAAGAAAUCACAAAAAAACUUCUCCAGUAAUAACGUUGCAACAAGAAACAACACAAGUACGUUGAACAAAAAGAAAGAAGUGACUGAAGAGGAAGCAGAAAGAAUCCAGUACUUAAACCUUAAUGAUAAAAAGGACUUUACCCAAGUGCUACAGAACGAUAAUCCAGCUAUCACUCAUCCUGAUUUUGGAUUUAUACAGCAUGUGAGUCAUGCAGCGAUUACCAUUCAGCGAUGGUACCGACGGCAUUUCCAGAGGCGCAGAGCAGGUCAAGCUGCACUUAAGCGACUUCUUGCUUCAAAAAAACAGGAGAAAGAACAAGAAGUACCAGCUGAGAGUAUGCAAGAGUACCAGAGGAGAAAAAGUGAGGAGAGAAGAAAGAUCCGUGAAGAGAAAGCUCGACAGGCUCGGAAGGCAGCCAUACAGGAACUUCAACAGAAGCGGGCAGAGAAGGCUGCAGAAGAUAAAAGAAUUAGUGAGGAAGAAGUGGCAGCAUUGAGAGAAAGGGGAAAAGUUAUGAGGAGAAAAGCAACUAAGACAGUGCCCAUAAAUAAUACAAGUCCAGUCCACAGUCAAGUCAAAUCUAGAAAUUCAGCUGCGGAUCUGGAAGCGUAUUCUAACCAGAGAACUGAAACUUCUAUUGGACCUGGUAUGAAGACAGAAGAAUUACAGAACCAUUCACAGGACAUGAUUCUGAGAGAAACACCAGUUGAACAGGAGACAAUGACGCUGAGUGUAAGCCAUUCUAAAACAACACUGAAUGAUGUACUUGACACACUCAAACUGUUGGAGGAAGAACCUGAACUACUUCCAGAACCAAAGGUCUACAAAAAGGAUAAAUAUGCUUGGAUAGAUGAGGAUUGUGACUGGACAUCCCUGACAGCAGACAAUUUGGAGAAACUAGGACAAAUUGAAGGGGCAUCAGGUCGACCCGAGGAUGGCACUUUGCUAUCGGAAGCAAAGCUGAAAAGCAUUAUGAGUUUCCUUGAUGAGAUGGAGAACUCUGAGCAGGAGCGCCCCAUAUCCCGUACCUCAGUGGCACACAGAGAGGGUUUAUUAUCUGAAGAGGAACAGGCCCACCUGGAGCAGGCGUCACUCAUGGCAACAGAGGUGACAAGCUCAAUGAUCAAGUUAAAGCUGGAAUGUGAAGAGAAGAAACGUGCUGUUGCUAUGUUACAGACUGCUUUGACCCAGCAAAGGGAAUUAACUGCGCGGCAUGUGAAGGAAACUGAAAAGGAAAUGAGUCAACGAUUAAGAGUGCAAAAGGAGCAAUAUGAAUCAACUAUUCAACGGCAUCUAACAUUCAUUGAUCAGCUGAUAGAUGACAAGAAAGGGUUAAAUGAAAAAUGUGAGUCUGUGGUAAAUGAACUGAAGCAGGUGGACCAGAAAUACACUAAGAAAAUCCAGCAGAUGCAGGAUCAGCAUGACGUGGAAAUCAAGAAGUUAAAAGAACUAAUGAGUGCAACAGAAAAAAUCCGCAGAGAGAAAUGGAUAGAUGAGAAAACUAAGAAAAUUAAAGAAAUUACUGUAAAAGGCUUGGAACCAGAGAUUCAGAAGCUAAUAGCUAAACACAAGCAGGAAAUAAAAAAACUAAAGACGUUGCAUGAGGCUGAACUUGCGCAGUCUGAUGAACGUGCAGCUCGUCGGUACAUCAGGCAGACUGAAGAACUGAGGGAGCAGCUGGAGAAGGAGAAAGAUGACCUCUGCCAGAGGGAGCGAGAUCUUGCCAGGCAGAGAUACGAGAAGCAGCUUGAACAGGAGGAACAAGCUAUCCAGCAACAGCGAAGGAGAAUGUAUGCUGAAGUGUCCGAAGAGAAAGAACGCCUGAAUCUGCAGGCAGCUCGGCAACGAGCAGAGUUGGAUGAGCUACGAAGUCAGCUGGAGGAGAACUGUUCCCUUGUAACAAAAGCCCUUAAAGAGGAAUUUGAAAAAACAAAGGAAGAGCAGGAGAGAAGGCACCAGGCCGAAAUUCAAUCAUUGAAAGAAAGACUAGAAAUUGAGAAACAGGCUUGGGAAGAAAAUUAUAUGAAGAAACAGGAGGCUUGGUUACUAACCCGUGAACGAGGACUGAAAGAAGAGGUACGCAAAGGACGGGACAAAGAAAUUGAACUGGUGAUUCAACGACUGGAAGAAGAAGUUAGAGUUUCUAAGCAGGAAUGUGAGAGGGCGGCUGAAAAUACGAUUAAGCACGUUCGCCACAAAUAUGAAACGGAAUUACGGGAGCUGGAACAUUCCGAACGUAACCUGCAGGAAAGAUGCAAUGAACUUAAGGCCCAACUGAUGGAAGCAGAGGGAGAGACCAUCCGGUUCAAAGGAUUGUUAAAAUAUAAAGAGCAGGAAAUAGAAGAUAUAAGAAAGAUUAAGGAUCGGCUUACAGAAGAGCGAAACAGUUUAGCAGAGGUCAUUCGCCAGGAGUUUGCAGACCGGUUGGUAAGCACCGAGGAAGAAAAUAAGCGGUUGAAGACUGAAAUGUCGGAGAUGCGUGCACGUCAUCGCUUAGAAAUUGAACGAAUCACCAAAGAGAAGGAGGAGGAGCUGGAGGAAGUCCAUAAACGUGUAAAAGCAGCUAUUGUGAAGAAAGAGGAGACAGUGAAUAAUCUUCGCAAACAACACGAGGCAACACUGAAGAGAGCAGACCACCUGGAAGCUCUGCUCGAACAACAGAGGAAACAGCUCCUAGGAAAAUAAAUGAGGGGCUUGUGUAUCGGAGAAGGCAUUAUAACCCUGGACAGCAAAACCAUCACACAAGGAAAAUUCGGUCUGUUGGGUAGUACACAUGAUCCGCACAAGAGUGAUUCAUUUGUGAGAAUGCCAACAAAAUAGUGUUUGUUUUCCCUCAGUAGUUAUACUGUAGUUCCAUUGUCCAAAUGAGACAUUAUAUGUUUAUCUAAACAAUCUUUUUAAAGAAAAAAUGGUUUUUAUUUUUCUACAUGAUCUACUGUAAUAUUUUCUCGAUGUGCUGUCUUUGUUUCAUAUGUUAGCUGUAAAGUGGAGCUUGAUGGAAUUUAUAUAUAAAAUAAUCAAUAUGUUUCAGUAUUGUACAGCUCCUGUGAUUAAAUGACACACUUUCAUUUGCUCUUAUUGGAGA